AUGUACAAAAAAUGUUAUAAAAAUAUUAAGACCAUAUGGGAAUUGGAUCUAUCCGAUAUGAACUACCAAAAGAGGAAAUAUGGCAAUAUAAAAGCUUAUAACGAAAGCAAAGUAUGCAACCUUUUGUUUUCCCAAGAAUUGGUUCGAAAACUUAAAGAGAACAAUCUAAAUGGUAUAACAGUAUAUUCGGUUCAUCCUGGAGCAGUAAAAACAGAAGCCGGCAGAUAUCUGGACGAUGCGUAUUUUUCUGGUCUUUAUUUCAUAUGGUCAAGUGUUGGCAAAAUGUUCUACAAGACUCCCGUACAAGGUGCGCAAACUUCAAUAUACUGCUCAGUAGACGAAAAGUGCAGUAAUGAGACAGGACUAUAUUACGCUGAGUGUAAACCAAGUAAAACAUCAAAAUUAGCAAGAAAUGAAAAAUUAGCAGAAGAAUUGUGGGAUUUAAGUUUAAAGCUUGUUGGAUUGGAUUCAAAGAGUGAUUUAUUUUAAAAUUAAUAAAUUUUGAGUUGAUUUUUUUUAAUAUUUUUUACAAUGUUAUCUUCCGUCCACUUGUUGUAAGUGUACUUACUCUUAAUAUUUUUAUAACAUUUUUUGUACAUAUUGUUUUAAAUAUAUC